AUGACUGAUGAUUUGUUGUCGAUGGAGCGGUAUGUCGGACCGGUGAAUCCUUCACUGUAUUCGCAGUUAGCUGUAUUGCUGCUCGCAAUAGGCCUCUUUUUUAUGGCUUGGUUCUUCGUUUAUGAGGUAACUUCAACGAAGUUUACUCGAGUUCUCGUCAAGGAACUGUUAAUUUCAUCAGUUGCAGCGCUUUUCCUUGGAUUUGGUUCAGUUUUUCUCAUGCUUUGGACAGGGAUCUACAUUUAA